AAGUGGGUCUUUUGGAAGCUCAGUCGGAAUAUAAAAACUCCCUUCACAACAUUAGGGCACCCGAAACCCUUGAAAGACCAGAGAGACUGAGACCCACUAGUCCUUGUGAGCUUCGAGACCAAUGUCGUCCUUCACUGCCAUUAGGAUUUUCAGAGGCUGCCGUGCUCUCCUGGCGCCGGCCAAGUCCUCCACUUCCACGGCCGGAACCGCCGUCAAGGUCGCCGCUGCCGCACCAAAAUCGAAGGCGAAGGCGAAGCCCAAGCCCAAAGCGGAAGCCGACGCGAUCAAGCCGAAGAGAAACGUCAACAGGAACGCCGGCAUUCUGAAGCCGACUCCGAUCUCUCCAGCUCUCGGCAGCUUUCUCGGCGGCGCCCCUGAGUCCUCGCGCGCCGAGGCCGUGAAGCAGAUCUGGAGCCACAUCAAGCUCCACAACCUGCAGAAUCCUGCCAACAAGAGGGAGAUCAUUUGCGAUGACAAGCUGAAGGAGUUGUUUGAAGGGAAGGAAAAGGUCAACUUUUUGGAGAUUGGGAAGUUGCUUUCGCGUCAUUUUGUGAAGGCUGAGUGAACGGGGAUUUAGUGAUUAACUUCUUUUGGGUAAUGUAAUGUCCGCAUCCUUCUUUUGAGACUACUCUGCAAGUAGGGGAUUUGCUAAUUGAUAUUUAGCUGGUGCAUGUAUAAAGUAACUAGGUAAAACAUUAGAUUAGAUUAUGUUCAUGUGAUUUUCUCUUAUAUCAGUUUCACUUAUGCAUUUGGCUGUGGUGGAGACCUUUUCAAUGA